AUGUCUGUAUAUAGUCAACAGUGCGCAACCGGUCAACAUUUAUCAAACGAAGAAAUACGACAGCAAUACAAGAUCAAGGAAAGAAUUAUUGAAGAGAAAAUAAUGCGUCUCCAAUUGUGUAUUGAUACUCUUGAAAGAACAAAUGAGAAAUGA